UUCAAUUAUAAUAGGGACUGAAGAUGAGUUCCGACUGUUUAUUCAGAUGCGUGAAAAGCACAACAUGAAAUUCAAAAGUGGCAAGCGAGGGGCUUCCCGUGAUGCUUUCACAAUAAUACUGAAAGAGAUGGAUCUUCUGGACAAGGUAACUCCAGAGCAAGCUCGCAAAAAGUGGACCAACUUGUCCCAGAAGUAUAAGGAACUGAAGCAUCCACCGACUGGAACAGGAACUGAGGAGGGUGAGGACACAACAGUAUCCUGGUCAUAUUUCCAAGAUAUGGACAAAGUUUUGGGGGGAAGACCUAUCAUUACUCCACCCUGUCUUGUCUCUUCAUUUGAGACAUUUCCAGAGGAGCAGGCUGCAUCCACUUCAGUCGAAGAGCAAAGUAAAGUAUCUAGUCCUCCGUCCAAUAAGAGAAAGAAUGCCAGCGAUGAAGUUAUCGAGAUGAUAAAACAGCAACACUGUUUUUUGCGCAGUCAAGAAGAACAGAUACAAAAACAAAAUGAUGCUCUUAUUGGCCUCCUGGGGCGUCUUGUUACCGCAGUUGAAACCAAAGCCUAUGAAAAGUGA